AUGGCAGUGUAUCAAAAUUCGAGGAUCUUCUUCGGAGUGGCGGUUGUCGCACUUGUCACAGAGUGGUUGUCAAGAACAGUCGCGAGGGACGCCAAAGGCUUAAUUGAGACGCGUCCAUCGCAGCGAAACACCGCGUCUUGGUUAAUUGAUCGCGCUCUCUUAACCCCGCGCCACACUUCCUUGACUGACUCUGGGCAGCUGGGAUGCUGUCAUCGAAAGAAAUCGGAGCUGUCUGUGCCAAAAUUCGAAAAGACAAAGCCUCUCAAUUGCAAAUACGCCGCUCCUGUCUUUCGCACCCCUCCGACCAAUAUACUCACAAUGCUGGCACCAGUAGCUCGAAUCAUGCCGAGGCAUGUUUCUAGACUCAAUUUCUUCCGUCCCAUGUCCAGCUUGCCGUCCAACCCGCGCAUUAAAGUCUUCCCUGCGGAUGCAUCACGAGCCUCUUUUCUCUUAUCCUACCUCGAAGAUGAGCCUCCGAACCAGAGAAUAGCCAUUGGCUUCUCUACGACCGAUCCUCCGACGCCACGAUCGUUUAUCGAGAACCAAACCUUUACCAAGAUCCUCUAUGAAGUUCUUGCGGAGCAUGCGCAUAAAGACAAGGACCUCUUAGCACAGGCGCAAGCCUUUGCAGGGCCUGGCGGAGCCAAUCUUGGCUCUGGAGGGGCACUCUUUGCCCAGAAGAACAAGAGGCGUUCGUCGAGCAAGGUCGGUGGCGGCGGCGGCGCCGGAGGCGGUGGUGCUGGUGGUGCCAGUGCCCAAGGCGGCGCCGGAGGAGGCGGGCACGGCGGUUACGUCCACCUUAGUGAUUCAAGAAACCCUCCAGAUUUUGGUCGCAUUGCCUGGCCUGAAGAUAUCCUGGGCAGCGUUGAAGUCGAUCAAAGCGGCAACAUAAUUGGUCAGCUCGAGCCAAGUGGAACAUAUCGAAUUAUCACCAACGAGGGAAUUCUUGGGUUGAGUCCGUAUCUUUCAGAAAAGCUCGUUGAGAGACUUCGCGAGGAAGACGAUAAAGACCACUACCGACCCCCGGAUGCGCGCUGUGAACUUUCGGUUUCUAGGAUGAACAUCAGGUUGCUUUCUUCGCCGACAGGUACCUUUUUGGGGUCGAAGUGCAACUUGGGAGGAAGAGGGCUAGACGAAGCCUACGCGAGUUUGAAGAACCCACCCACCUCCACUUGGUCUUUUGUUCGAGCAAUUGGCAAGGAACAAGCACACGGAGGGGAUCACACGGUUUCCCCCCACAACCCCGUACUCGACUCCCGCCAUAACAUGCACAUGGACGAAAGGAGCCCAAAAACAGAAGCGGGCACAUGCACCGGAUUCCAGACCGCCGUCCAGGGCGAGGGAUUUCCUAUGGCCAAGAGCCCAUUCUUAUGUGAAAAUGAUACGGAUACACCACCAGAGUAUGCCUCGAGCCGCGAUCCAUCUACUGUUGGUGCGCUUGAAUAUGACUCGGGACGAACGCUGCCGAUAUCGUCAGGCGAUGUUCGAUCCUGCAACGGCAGUUGUUUGGACCGGCUCACUCAGCGGUAUGAUUAUGAGCUGUCACUUAUCAGCGGCUGCCUCACACCGCAGCCUGGGGUAUUGAGGUAUAUGAUACCCAAGGUGAGUUGGAUUAUCUAUCUAGCCAUUAUCUGCUCACCCACCUUAAAACUCUACUUGGAUUUCCAUGUUGGGCCCAAUGGAACGGGGGUUGAGAUGGUUGUGACCAGAGCGCACUUUCUCCCCACCAUUGCGGGCAAGACCUGGCACAAACCAGACGAGCCAGGGAGCUUCUUGGCAGCCACUCCACCUCACCAGUCCAUGUUCCCCUCCACAAUCCACCUCCAACUUCGUCAUGCCCACUUGAGUGUGGUCCAAAGGCUUGCUCCGGCCAAAACCCCAUUCAAACAAAAACGACCUGAGCCCCCCCCAUCCCCCCUCCCGACCGGCAAUAUGGCUUCCGGUUUCGACGAGGAGGAGCUUCAUAUUAGUCUCUCGCCCUCCCAGAUCCGACGACGCUCCCAGCAGCACGGUGCCGCCUCCGAUGCUGCCGCCUCCGCCGCCGGCCAUCACGAACUACGACCGCCUGUGCCCGGUGCCGUAAACAUCGCCAAUAUGGGACCGCCCGUCGAUACCACCGCCCCGCUGCGGGAGAAGAUCAAGACGGAGCAGCGCAUUGGUGCCUACAAGAUCAUCAAGACCCUGGGCGAGGGUUCCUUUGGAAAAGUGAAGCUGGCUACCCACAAUGGUACCGGCCAGCAGGUUGCUCUCAAGAUCAUCGCGAGGAAGAAGCUCAUCAGCAGAGAUAUGGCUGGUCGCGUGGAGCGUGAAAUCGAAUACCUACAGCUUCUGCGACAUCCUCACAUUAUCAAAUUAUACACUGUUAUCAAGACCCCCAACGAGAUCAUCAUGGUCCUUGAAUAUGCAGGCGGAGAGCUUUUCGACUAUAUAGUGCAAAACGGCCGAAUGAAGGAGCCCGAGGCGCGUAGAUUCUUUCAACAGAUGCUAUGCGCCGUCGAGUACUGCCACCGACACAAGAUCGUGCAUCGAGACCUGAAGCCCGAAAACCUUCUUCUGGACGAUAACCUCAAUGUCAAGAUUGCCGACUUUGGUUUGAGCAACAUCAUGACGGACGGAAACUUCCUGAAGACGAGUUGCGGAAGUCCAAAUUAUGCCGCACCCGAAGUCAUUGGUGGCAAGCUUUACGCUGGCCCGGAGGUAGAUGUGUGGAGUUGUGGCGUGAUUCUUUACGUCCUGCUAGUGGGCAGACUCCCCUUUGACGAUGAGCAUAUCCCCAGUCUCUUCGCAAAGAUUGCACGCGGCACAUACAGCAUACCGCAGUGGAUGAACUCUGGUGCUGCAGGCCUCAUUAAGAAGAUGCUGGUCGUCAAUCCUGUGCAACGUGCCACUAUUGAUGAUAUCCGUCAGGACCCCUGGUUCAUGACUGACCUGCCGCCUUAUCUGGCGCCACCGGUCGAGGAGUUCUUCAACACAGGCGUGGACCCUAACAAGGCCAUCCAGAAGAGUGACAUUGCACCCAAUGCCCCCCCUAGAGUCCAGGAGAAGUUGCACAACGAGGUCACAGAGAAGAUCAGUAAGACCAUGGGUUACGGAAAGAAGGACGUAGAGGAGGCUUUGCAGGCUGCGGAACCGUCAGCGAUUAAAGAUGCGUACAUGAUUGUUCGCGAGAACAAACUCAUGCAAGUGAAUGGUACGUAUCUACCAGUGAGGGCCUGUCCACAUGAUGAAUCACCGUCUAAUAUUUCAACAGAGACCAUGUCAUCACUUUCAGUAGAUCAAGAUGGCUCUAGUAGUCCACUUCCUAGUGCAUCAUCCGCGAGGUCGGGUGGCUCGACAGUCGGUGGACAACGACCCUACAUCAGCAAGAUCGGAAUUCUGCCUAGCAGUCUGCCAACCUAUCACAAAGAGUACAUGGAGCGUGAGAAGGCUGGCCCCGAGGACCAUCCGGCGCCAACAAUCGUCGUCAACGAGCCAGGCUCAUCCGCCCGCACGGAUGCAGAAAGGGAAGAGACAGCAAGGCAUCUCAAGCCUCACUCCAGGAACAGUCAGGUCAGACUCGACGAUUCCAGCAAACGGCCACAAGGCAUGACGCCCGUCGUUCAGGCGAAGAAGACAAAGCCUGUGAGGUGGCAAUUCGGUAUCCGCUCGCGCAAUGCGCCUUGGGAAGCCCUCUUGUGUAUUCACAAGGCCUUGAACAAGCUCGGUGCGACUUAUGUGCCCGACGAAGACUAUGAAAAAGUCCACGGCAAUGAGGCCGAUCAACCCAGCAACGACGGUAGCUUCGUCGAGGAACACGCUCCUCAAGGGGCCAAUGAUUCAACUAGCAGUAUUGAUCCCCUCAAGAGAUAUAAGCUACCAGCCGACCCAUGGCAUAUCAAGGUCCGAUGGGAGACGUCGACACUGCAUCAGGCCUCAGAAACUCCCACAGAGGGUAGUAAGACCCCAGAUAGCUUUCAUGUUGUUGGCGAUGAUGAGGGGAAGCGAGAUUUUGUAGCCUUGCACGUGGACAUCCAAAUAUACGAGAUGGAACACGGCGUCUAUCUCGUGGACUUCAAAUGUUCUGGCUACGAGACGGCCGACAAGAGACUGCUCGAAGAGAAGGAUCCGAAGCAGACUGAAGAUCCGUCUUGGUUGAUCCGUUAUCCCCCGGGAAUGUUCACUCCCCUCCGUUUUCUUCAGGGGUUUAACUUGGGAAAUACUUUGAAAACGGUGGGCUCAGCGAUAGACAUGGGAAGACAUGCCGAUCGAUCGGUCAUGUUACAGCGUCAGGUUAUGCGAACAAGGGAGUUUGGUACGGGGGAGAGGGAUGGUGUGUGGUGUUCUUUUUGGUUUCUUUUGGGGCAGUACCCAGCGGCAGCAGAAGGGCGUGGCUCUGGUCCAGUCGUCUCAGCUGAGGCGAAAGAGUUGAAUUCGUUAAGCAUCAUAUCACCACGGCGCGACCACGGCAUCAUUACGAGAACUUUGUCCAUCUCGGAGACCAGCUCGAGCCCGAGACCCCUUACACCCAGUGUAUCAAUCGGCGGCCACGGCACCGAAGCAGAGCCUCACGACUUUAGAGUCCGGGAUGAACACGCCGCAAAAUAUGAAGCUCCAAAGCGCAAAGGCGGCGAGGAUCUUGGCUCAAAUUGGCAGCCAGCUCCAGCCUCAUGGAAACGAGCGCCAAGAAAAGGAUUGAACUUUGAACUUUGGAGACUGCCCUUAGUUGUGUCCGUAUUUCGUACACGGGGGACGGGCAGAGGAAUGCAAAAGUCGAGACCGAAUCCUUUUCUGCUCAAAGCAGAAUCCAGCUCCGUCCGCAAGUCCUUGUCAGUUUCAACGAACCAUGACGGUGAUUCCUCUUCCAGCCCAGGUGGGUGGGUGAAUGUUUAUUCGCUCUGGAUGGAGGCCCUGGAUGAGAAAGACAGCCCCCCGCCCACGGGACUCGGGUCUUGGGACGUCGCGGACCACUUCAGACGAUACACUCUGGGGCUCGGGACGGGAACUCCAGACGAUACAUACGGAAUGGGUGGGUUUGAUUACGUACGUCCCCUCCUGUGCCGAAGGUGGGAUAUUGACGACGACGUACAACGACCACGUCGGCCACCACCGCCACCUAACGUCCCGCCGACCGAGGGCGCUUUUCGGCGAGUUGUAAGUUUCGGUGGAGAUUAUGGAGCCCUUUUUGCGGCAACGGUCGAUAAUCUCCGGGACAGCCGGCCUUUGCCAUCCCGCCGGAAUGCGAUUGAGAAACCGGCAUACCCGCCUUUUGCUUGCGACUGCGAGUCGCGAACCUGCAGAAGCUCACACGACACAAUACCGGACGUGGAGAUGCCAAGCGAUGGGAUGCGGGUCACUUGGCAGCAAGCUUUGAAUCGGCUCUUGAGGAAACUUUCUGCCUCGGAUCGGAUAUUUUUCUUCCAUAGUAUCGUAUCCGUGGUAGCAGCCGCAGUCGGCAGCAUUGAUCAAGGCAGGGCGCUUGCUUUUCGUCUUAGUGAUGCUGACAAUAUCACAACUUACACGUAUUCCUGGUGCCGCGCAUCGCGCAUCGCCAAAUCACGGACUUCUCGCCGUUCAAUCUAUAUCCAAGCCAACGAUCAUCGUCCGUGGUCCAUCCAGUGCAAGAUUUCCCAGGGAAACAAUGGCCGCAACUCUGCAGUUAAGGACGACACCCAGCCGAUAUCAGUCACCGAAGAUCAGGACAAGGACCAAGGGACGACCGAGAAAGCGACGAAACCACACCACACCGACCGAGUUCUGCAAGUUUUGAAAGUCCCAUUCUCAUUCUGUUAUCCCCCAUCCCCCGCCCUGAACCUUGUCUCCAUUUCUUCUCCUAACCCUUACACCACGCCGCUGGGGACCAACUCGAAACGCAAAUUCCAGGCACCGCGAGACCCGUGGAAAAGGCAGGAUAAGGGGUUUGUUAGGGUUCGGUUUGGAAGUGCCGUGUGGCGGUGGCGAGGGAGGGAAAGCCAAAACCAAAACUCGACACUUGCGAAGAAAGUUGUGAUGGAAUCCCAUCCCCUCAUCCUCAACUUUGGAAGCCAUUAUCUCCCAAAUAUCCAAGCCUUCAUCUUCCGUUCUCAAAACCGCCUAGACAACUUUACGAAAUCAUCCAUCCCCCGUUGGCCUGUUGUUUUGACAACCGGAAUCUACUCCGGAGAAUUGUUUUCCUACCGCACUUGGUUACGGCCGUACGCGUGUACUUUCUCCACGGCUCACGCUCACGCCCCUCCCACUUUCCCUUUCCUCCAAAAUACUUUCCGUAUCGUCACUACAACGGCCCUGAGAAUCCCUCUCAACCCUUCUCGCUGUUCCCCCUUGAAUAAGCAAACCUUCCCCCAUGUCCACGCCCCUGUCUGCCUCCCCCUCAUCACCACCACCCACCUCCUCACGCCCCUGCUUUGCAUUCCCCUCACCGGUCAAAGCCAUCUCCAAUUUUUCGACGCCUCACAAAGCAAAGAUCUUUUCCCCCCCUUUUGCCUGCCGGUCUUUUUUGGCUGUACUAUGUACGUCUUUGCUAUGCCGUGGCACGGUUGGGGGAAACAACCAUGGUUUGGGAAUGUGGGAAGUGGGGCCAAGUGCGAGGGGGCAGAAUUUCUUCCUGACUUCAUACAUUGGUUGAAUCGACUCAACUUGCGCCAGGGGGGAGGUGCCGCGAGAAGUCAGGCCGAUAUGCAUGAUCACAUCGACCUGAAAGCCGCAUCAAAUCUUGUAAACAAGAAGGUCCUCUUACAAGUUACACAGGAACUCUUUACUCUUGGACGAGACCGUGGACCGAAGACACCAAAGCUCCCCUCUAACCAAUUGCUCCCGGUUGCGAACCGAACUUACCUACAGACGAUGGAGAUCCAAAGUCGCGAGUGCGAACGGAAAGACGUCGUCGUCGUCGUCGUCAAGACGAACGAGCGAGACACAACGCCCGCAUCUCUUUUGCCUUGCCAGUCAAAGACGUCCAACACUUCCACGGAGAACCUACUACUCAGCUUACGCAUCUUGUUUUCCCGUGGUUCGGUUGACGAUGAUCAACGAAUAGGCGGGUACGCUGCGAGACUACACAUGCUUACGGCGGUGACGGCGGGUGGACGGCGGCGCCAUCUGGAAAAGAGAGUUGUAACUUGUAAGCCGAGAAGGUGGACGGAAAAGCGUAGUGAAGAAUGGAAAAAGAGCAUCCGCAAGGUAGGCGUGAACGGCGUGAAAGAUGCCACGCGAUACGCGAUACGCCUUAUUCGGUGGUGCAACGCUAGAUCACCAGACCCCCGGGGAAAAGGAGGAGGCGUGUGGGAAGCUAGCAAGUUCAGUAGUCUUUCGUUUGUUCCCGUCAGCGGCGACUAUUACCGUGAUUGCUUUGGGAAUUACAAAAUUGAAAAGAGAGAAGGAUGUGUGGCUUUACUUGUCAAUGAUGACUACAGCCCACCAACCGCAAAGGAGGCUAGAGCAACAACGCCAGAGAUGCGGAAUUCAUGCCUAGCUAUGGACGGCAUGGACCAGGCAAACGCCAGCUGUCACACCAUCUACCCGAUACCCCUUUCAGCGUUUUGGUUUUCGUUCAGCAAACUUCAUGGAGAGUGUGGUUUUGGUCAGUUCUCUCCUGCGACCACUGCAAUAAACCCAACGGCUGAAAGUAUGCAAAGUUCGCGCAUCGAUGGCCCAUGGCAAGCUGUGCUCUCGGCGAGCUCAAUAGCUGAACCGUCUGAACGCAGCAUCCAUCGGUCACGAUCGGUUGACAACUUUGACACUGGCAUCGGCACAUCGGCACCGACACCGGCAGUAGCAAUUGCAUUGGCGCGCUUCAUUUCGUCGAUUCGCUUCGCACCGAGAUCACGCCCGCCCAGGUGCUUCGCAUCGAGCCCAUCAGGCGACGACGGCCCUGCUGUUGCCGCCGCCGCCGCCGCUGCUGCUCCCCAGGCCAUGCUUCUGCAUGAGAUGCCUCACUUUGAAGCAAGGAAGAGAGAGCCACGAAUUUUUCGUCCCUUGCUGCAGCAGCGGCGGGAGCAUGCCUCACUCCAUACGCAGUAUGGCGGCAUCGCCAAGUUCCAAACGUACCUGAACCUAAAGGUUUCCCCCAGUACAAGUCCGCAGGACGUUCCUAGUUCCCAAGAAGAGAAGAUAGGAUACGGAGUACUCCCACCUUCGACUCCCGAGUCCAAGAAACCUUCUAGAACAAAACAUACGAUCGAACAAUGCCCAGCGCAGCCGCAGCAUAUGCUCUUACAACCCCACGACUUGUUAGACUUUUUGACUCUUCGUACCAAGUCGGUCCUCGCCUUUCUGCCUCAAGCUUCUAAUCUGGCCUCGCCGAGCUGCCUGACACUCGCCGAAGUGCCCCGUAUGGUGUCCGUAUGCUGCGCCGUGAAGAGGCCCUGUAUCUCGCUGAGUGGCAUAAACAUGCUGGCCCGGCGACGUGCGCCCCCCGGCCGACGUCACGCUGAGACUCCGCUGACCUCCGCGCUUCGCGUUACGUACUGCGGUACGCUCCGUGCGGCUCGGAAAGGGCGUGUAAAUGGAGUCACGACUGGGAGAUCUUCUAUGGGGACGACAAGUCUUGAGACGAUCCUCCAAUCACCGCCCCCGGUUCACCUCAACUUGGCAGUUGAUAGCCAGGCCUGUCAAGGAAUGUUGGAGGAAAGCUUGGCCACCUUGUACGAAGACACGAGGCGCGUCCCACUCCUGGAGCUUGAAGCCAAGCCAACCGCCAACCGCCAAAGCGGCUCCCACGAAGACUUACUCGCUGCGACCUUGCCAUUCCUGUACAAGAGGCGGCCGCCCCGUGGCGUGGUAUUCUCGCCUGGAGACCACACUAGGUACCGUGAUCGAUCGCCCGGGCACCAUGUUCGAUGGGGAAGCGCGCAGCAAAAGGCAACUGAGAUGAGUUUUUGGAGGAUGGAUGCGAGUGCACGCAGUGUCCGAGAGAAGAUGAGAGCCAGUCAUGUCUUUGUUGUAUAUCGACGAUCAACAUGGAGCUCCACGGCGAUGACCCCUAUUUUCGUUACUUCAGAUGCGAAAUAG